AACAAUACUGUUUUCACCUUCACCCACUUCACUACCCUCCCCCCCCUCUCUCUGUCUCUCUCUCUCUUCUUCUUCACACCAAUUCACAAAUAAGCAAAAGCACCACUGCUAGAUAGAAGAGAGAGAAUUAAGGAACCAGAAAGAUAACAUCAAAAUCAAUAAACCUAAGAUGCUGCUCGGAAAGAGACCUCGUCCUCCAAUGAAGAGAACAACAAGCAUGUCCGAAAUGACCUUGGAUCUGAACACAGCCGCCGAUGCCGCCGCCGCCGCCGACCAACAGAGAUCAGGUGUUGGUCCCUCGGCAGCAGCAGAUCAGACUACGAGGAUGUUGGCAUCACCCAAAAUCCUCAGAAGACAUUCUUCGUAUUUCGGCGACGCGCGUCACUUCCUUCGUGCGUGUUCCCUCUGCAAACGCCCUCUCGUGCCCGGUCGCGACAUCUACAUGUACAGGGGUGAUAGUGCUUUCUGCAGCCUGGAGUGUCGCCAACAGCAGAUAAACCAGGACGAGAGAAAGGAGAAGUUUGUCAUGGCGUCGAAGAAAAAAGUUGUGGCUCCUCCGCCGUCUGGGUCUCAAGUCGUGGCUACCGCCACCAAGGGUUAAACCACCGUGGUGGCGUUGUAGAUUUGAAAUCCAAACCAAACAUGUCAAAAAACAUGUUUACAUACCUCUCUCUCUCUCUCUCUUUUUCUAGUACCUUUUUCUUAUCUUUCUUUUUUUUUUUUUUUAGUUUUUACCGUGGCGACAUUUUGGAUAAUAGGAGUGGGUGGUUUUCCUUGCUUACAUGGGCAAACUGGGCAAGUGUUAUUUUUGGAACUUGGAAGUACCUUGUUGUAAUCCCCUUGGGAUUUUGAUUCCAUAGAUAAUUAAAAUGGAAAACAAAAUUUAAAAUUGUAAUUCA